AAAAAAAAAAAAAAGGCUUAAGUAUUGAAAAAGGACCCUAACUUUUAUUAAAUUCGUAAUUGAGGUCCUCAACAUUUAUUGCACUCAAUUAAGGUCUUAAACUCACACAAGCUCUCAAAUUAGGACCCAAUUGGAUGGAAUCUUAACAUCCGUCAAUUCUCACUUGACUGUCCAUUGCGAUCUGUUACCCCCUCAGUACGUGGCAUGCCAAUUGGAACCAUAAAGUUGACUAUAAAAAAUAUUUUCCAACAUGGCAUAUGGGGCGGGAUCUUUCCCUCUGCAUAACAGACUUCAUCCGCAACGUGAAAAAAUUGCGAGGCUUAAACCCAAAGAACUUCUGUGGAGCCGAUAUCUACAACAGCAUUAUGAUCCGUUACGUCAAGGCUUCGCUGACAUACCGAGCCAACCAGAGGAUUCUGUGGUGAUCGAUUUCAACUAUUACCGCGUCGACAAUGCUUCCACCGCGAGGCUAAAUGAAGACAUCUGGGAAGAAAUCGAGCAAAUGGCAUUCUUCAAGUAUGGCGUGCAGCCACAUUGGGCAAAGAAUAGGAAUCUUGGGUUCUUGGGAGUGCAGAGUAAUUACCCAAACUUCAACAAAUUCAUUGCGGAGAAGAAACAAUUAGACCCGCAAGGCAUAUUCUCUAGCAAAUGGUCGAAUCAUAUACUAUUGGGAAGCAAAGCUAUUGAUAAAGGCAACGGGUGUGCACUAGAAGGACAGUGCAUUUGCUCGGAGGACAAACAUUGCAAUCCGAGCACAAGGUACCUCUGCAAAGAAGGUCUUGUUUACAAGGAAGCCAAAGGAGAAAGACAGGCUGUUGGGCGGAGAAGUUCCAAGGAUUGGGUAGGCUGCUAUUGGGUGGAGAAGAAGAUCUUGCAUGGAGAGAGGCAGAUUGAAAAUUCUAGGGAUCUCACCCCCAAAUCGUGAAAUAGGAAAGAAGAAGAGAGAUGGGAGAAAAAGGAGCCAUGGGUCACACAUGCCACGUAGGAAUGUAAAUUUUUACAAUCAGCCUUAUGGGUCUAGUUGGCAUGCCACGUAUUGAGGGAGUAAUAGACUGCAACGGACAGC